AUAAAAUUGCGAUCUACCAGCGCAAAUAAUUUGCUUCCUUCUCUUUCUCCUCAUUCAAUUUCGAGAUCUUAACAACUAAUCAAAAUGGGUCGUAUGUAUACUUCUGGUAAGGGUAUCUCUGGUAGUGCCCUCCCCUACCGUCGCACUCCUCCUUCUUGGGUCAAGACUUCUCCCGAAGAAGUUGUUGAACAAAUCUGUAAGCUCGCCAAGAAGGGUCUCACUCCCGCUCAAAUUGGUGUUGUUCUCCGUGAUUCUCAUGGUAUCCCUCAAGUCAAGUCCAUCACUGGUAACAAGAUCCUCCGUGUUCUCAAGGCCAAUGGUCUUGCCCCCGAAGUUCCUGAAGAUUUGUAUCACCUUAUCAAGAAGGCCGUUUCCAUCCGUAAGCACUUGGAACGUAACAGAAAGGACAAGGACUCCAAGUAUCGUUUGAUUCUCAUUGAAUCUCGUAUUCACCGUCUUGCUCGUUACUACAAGACUUCCGGUCAACUUCCUCCCACCUGGAAAUAUGAAUCUACCACUGCCUCUGCUAUGGUCGCUUAAGUUCGUAUUUCAAGUCUUUGAUCGCAAGUUUCGGUCUUCACUGUCAAGGAAAACUGUAUCUUUUUCGUACGACUUUAAUAGGAACAUAUCAUCUACCCUUAGAAGAAUCUCAUUAAAGUUCAUACAGUCUCUUUUGAGAUCUGGAAAGAAAAAUUGUUUUAUAUGGGUUUGUCAAUUGUGCGCUUUGUAUGUGGGUUUAGUGGAUGUUGAAGGUUUUUGCAUAGAUCCAAUCUUUUUACUUACCCGAGGAUGACAAAUUUCAAUCACUUUCUAUCUUGAUCUAUCCAUGAAAGUUGUAUUCACACUGUCUGAUGGGUCUGUUUUAAGCAUUUAUGGAUCUAUGCUUUUCAAUUUUAAGAUUACUGUCCUUCUCAAGGAUUAUGAGAAUUCUUUCAUGAUUAUUUUAUACACCAAUAAAAAUUCUAU